ACUGUUGAAUCAACAUUGUUGACUUUGGGCGAUGGUAAUUGGAAUGCUUCUGAGAAAGAUCCUAAUUUUUCUCGAGAUAGGAACGGACGAAUUCCAGGAAAUGCUGUCAUGAAGCACUAUUUCGCUGACGUUUUAGAGUGUUUAGCCCAAAGCCUUGAUAGCAAAGCAAAAACAUAUAAAAAGCCCACGUUGACUUCUAUCUUUUUGCUAAAUAAUUAUUAUUACAUAUUAAAAUCUAUAAGGACUCAAUUCAUGACAGUUCUAGAUCAGGAGAUUGAGUCUAAAUUUGAUAAAAUGGUGAAAAAAUGGAACGACGCAUAUCAGGAUACAUGGAAAUCAUGUUUCUCUAAUCUUAUGGAUUAUACGUGGGUCAGAGGAGGUGCUAUAAAGACUACAUUGGGUUCAAAUGAAAGACAAACGGUCAAAGAAAAAUUUAAGAACUUUAAUACAGAAUUUGAUGAACUUUACAAAGCUCAUAAAGGGUAUGCGAUGCCUGAUCCUGAACUCCGUAACCAAGUUAUAAGAGACAUUAGAGGUGUUUUGAUACCUAUGUACAAUCGCUUUUUGGAAAAGUAA